UCUCCAUCUUACAUUAAUUUAUUUCUAAUUUAUAGACUUUUAAAGUUUCAAGCAAGUAAUUACAAAUUAAUUAUACGGUGAAUUAGUCAAACUGAAUUCCAGUCUGAUUGGAAAUGUGGAGGAACUAAGAUUUCAUUUAGUUUUUUACGUUAGAAACCCUAUCCGGUUAGGAUGGAGGCAGUGCUCCGAGUAGGUCAAGGAGCAGGUGACGUCGUCGUGACCGGAGAAGAUGCCGGUGGUGGAGCAGCCGCAGCACCUGGAAGUCGACGCAGGUCACCAAGAAAUUCGUCAAAUGUGACAAAUGGACAGAAUUCGUCAGCCAGGUCACGUCCAAAUAAUGGUGGCGCUGGGAACAAUGCUGCGGCAGCUCCUCAAACAGCAGAAAGUCGUCGUCGCAAUUCCCAGGAGUUGACGGCACAGGAGGAGGAAGAAGAAUUGGAACUCAAGUAUGGGGCAGAGCACGUUAUCAAGCUCUUCGUCCCCGUUUCCCUCUGCAUGUUGGUGGUAGUAGCUACAAUUUCGUCGGUUAACUAUUACACUGCCAAGGGUCAGUAUCUGAUUUACACACCAUUUCAUGAAACAAGUACCGAAACGUCGACCAAGGUGUGGAAUGCGUUGGCGAAUGCUAUGAUUCUUCUUUGCGUUAUUGUGAUCAUGACCCUACUUCUCAUCUUUCUUUAUAAGAAAAAGAUUUAUUGGUUUAUACGUGGAUGGCUCAUCUUAUCAUCUUUGAUGCUGCUUUUCAUCUUCUCGUACCUGUACAUGAAGGAAGUACUGCAGGCCUACAAUAUUCCGAUGGACUAUAUCACUGUGGCCAUGAUCAUGUGGAAUUUCGGUGCCGUUGGAAUGAUUUGUAUUCAUUCGUCGGGACCACUCCUUCUCCAACAAGCUUAUCUCAUCUUCAUUUCUGCACUUAUGGCUCUCGUCUUCAUCAAGUAUUUACCAGAGUGGACUACGUGGGUUGUCCUUGCGGUUAUUUCCAUUUGGGAUUUGGUGGCUGUAUUAGCGCCCAAAGGUCCUCUCAGGGUACUGGUGGAAACAGCGCAAGAAAGAAAUGAACCUAUAUUCCCAGCGUUAAUUUACUCUUCAACUGUAAUGUACUCUGUCAUCAAUACUGCGGAUAGCGAAGUUCCACCAGCGACACCAGCGUCAACAGACCCACCUGCAAAUAAGAAGCGUACACGAUCAGCAACAAAAGUUAAUGGGGGUGGAAGUACCAGUAACUCGGCAGCGGACCAAGGAACAACUUCUACUAACAACACUGACGAUGUUUCCGAGGGGUUCACACCAACCUGGAGGGAGGAGAGUGACGCCAGGGUGGAAAGGAGAAGAGAUAUCAUUGUAAAUUACACAGGUGGUACAAAUUCUGCAACAACCUCUCAAACAACCAGAGGGCCCUAUGGAUCUGUUGGAGAAAACUCGGGAACUAAUUUGAUUGACGAAGAAGAAGAAGAGCGAGGUGUCAAGCUGGGUCUUGGAGACUUCAUAUUCUACAGCGUCCUUGUCGGCAAAGCUUCGUCAUACGGGGACUGGAACACUACUUUGGCUUGUUUCGUUGCAAUUUUGAUUGGACUCUGCUUGACUCUUCUCCUCCUCGCCAUUUUCAAAAAGGCUCUCCCAGCUCUACCAAUAUCCAUCACAUUUGGACUUAUCUUUUACUUUGCCACGAGAGAAAUUGUUACCCCUUUCACCGAUGUCCUAUCCAGUGAACAAAUAUUCCUCUAGCCCCACCAAACCAUAAACAAAACGACUUAAUACAAACCCAGUUAAUCUAUAUUUCCCAUUUUGACUUUGUAAACCAGUCAUAAUAAUACCGAUUAAUUCUUUGGUACAAGUUACGUUCCUUAACGCUCAUUAUUAUUUUUUCUUUUGUCUGACUAACUAGAUUUUGUGUACUGUAUUAUUUGUAUAAAAUUUGUAACUCUCAUGUAAAUAAAUAAAUUCUUAAUUUAUUAAUCAGCAA